GAAAUUGUACUAAUCUCAAAACGAACUCUUUGUAAUUCAUUUCUCUCACAUACACACAAAUUGUUGCAAAAGGGAAAAAAAAUUGUGAAUUUUGGAGUUGAUCUACAAGCUUAAGGUUCGUAUAUCUUCAAAAAUAAUCCAUUGAUUUUUUGGUUUUUUUUUUUAGGUUUUUUCGGGGACUUCGAAGGGGAUUAUAAGGUGGGGAAUCGAAAUCUUGGGAAUCAGAUUCUGUUGUCCCUGACAUAAAUAUGCAAAUGAAUGGUCUUAAAGGAUGUCAAACAGAAAACUUGCCAACUCCUGGAAGAGUACAGCAGUUAGAAUCCUCAGUGGUCACAAAAGUUAGAGUUAUUGUUAGAGUUCGCCCUUUUCUUUCACGAGAAAUUAACUCGAUAGGUGGAAACCCAAUCUCUUGUGUCUCUGUUCUCAACUCAGAAUGUGAGCGUUCUGAUGAUGUCACAGUUCAUCUCAAAGAUCAUGAAACUAGUCGUAAUGAAUGCUACAAGUUGGAUGCAUUUUUCGGACAAGAAGAUAACAAUAUAAGCCAAAUAUUUGGCAAAGAAGUCAGUCCUUUGAUCCCCAGGAUAUUAGAAGGUUACAAUGUAACGAUAUUUGCUUAUGGCGCUACAGGGAGUGGCAAAACAUACACCAUGCAGGGAACUGAAAACCUCCCUGGUUUAAUGCCACUUGCAAUGUCCUCUAUUCUCUCGAAGAGUCAGGGGAAAAGUACCGUAGCAAUAUCAUACUAUGAAAUUUACAUGGAUAGGUGCUAUGAUCUACUUGAACUUAAGGAGAAAGAAAUUUUCAUAUUGGACGACAAAGAUGGGCAGAUUCAUCUCAAAGGACUUGCACAAGUUGCUGUCAGUUCAACGUCAGAGUUUCUAGAAGCAUUUUCUUGUGCGGUUCAGAGGAGAAAAGUUGCACAUACGGGCGUUAAUGAUGUCUCUAGCAGGAGCCAUGCUGUGCUCACGGUUUAUGUUUCUACUCCAAGUUGUGAUGAUACUGGAAAUAUCAUUACUGGGAAGUUGAACCUUAUUGACUUGGCAGGUAACGAAGACAAUAGAAGAACUUGCAACACUGGGAUUCGUCUACAAGAGAGUGCUAAGAUCAACCAGUCAUUAUUUGCACUAUCAAAUGUGAUUUAUGCAUUGAACAACAAUCAACCACGAAUUCCCUAUAGAGAAAGCAAAUUGACAAGGGUAUUGCAAGAUUCUCUUGGAGGAACAAGCCGUGCUUUGAUGGUUGCUUGCUUGAACCCUGGGGAGUACCAAGAAUCUCUUCAUACAGUUAGUUUAGCAGCCAGGUCAAGACAUAUAUCCAAUUUUGUUGCCUCAGCACAAAAAGGAGAUACUCCAAAGGUCAAAAUCGACAUGGAGGCAAAGCUCCGAUCAUGGCUAGAAUCUAAAGGCAAGACAAAAAGUACUCAGAGAAUUGGGGCAUUUGAUUCCCCAUUAACCAGCAAAACUCCAAAUUCCAUAUGCUCUACCAGAAAGCUAGGUCUGUUUGGGAGUUCUUGCAAGCAAAAAUCUAUCAGUAAUCAAGGAGCUUCAAGCAUAAAAAAGAGGAAUCCAGAUGGAGCUUGUAAAAAUUUAUUUAAGAAUGGACAUCGAGCGAACACAACAGCAGAGGUUCAGGACCUUGCUGAUACUGGUGGACAAAGAGAAGAGAAGAAAUUUGAGGUUUUCGCUGAGAGGGUUAUGCCUGAUUCUAAUACAGCGGUGCAUGAUGAAGAAAUUAAUGGAGAGGAGAAAGUGAUCAUGGUUGACUGUUUGAAAUCCCUUAAAGCAUGUGAGGUUACCCCUAGGAAGGUCCUUUCUCCCAUCAACUCCAACGUAAACAAUGAGAACUUGUCCACGAAGGACCAAAUACACCUUAUAUGCAAUCAACAGACUCCUAUGUCAACCUUUGCUUUAAGCAGUUUUGAUGAGAAUAUAGCAGCGUUAGGAACUCCACUAGAUAAAUUUGGUGCACGAAGUUCCAACUUAAAGAACUCUCUUGUCCAAGAAUACAUUGAGUUACUAAACACAGCUAGCAAGGAGGAACUCAUAGCCAUAAAGGGAAUUGGACAAAAGAUGGCUGAAUACAUUAUUGAUCUAAGGGAAACAAGCCCCGUGAAAUCACUAGAUGACUUGGAGAAGAUUGGAUUGACAUCAAAACAGGUACAUAACUUAUUCAGGUGGGCUGCAAGAGGAGUAUUGGAAUGAAAAACUUCUCUGCAACAUCUUGUUGUUUGUAGGAUCAUGUAUAAGAAAGAUUGUGUUUCUGGCUAGAAUUUUAAUUUAUCUUUGUGAUAUUAUUUAUGAGUAGUUGGAUUUGAGGGCUUGUGUUAAUCACCUUAUAAUACUAAGCUCAGGCUAGAACUGGACAAGAAAUUUACCUUCCUUUCUACUCAAACGGCUUGUAUUGUACUAAUUCCAACCAUAAAAUAUUUCAGCAUUAUUAUACUUUAUAUCUCUUGGGUAUUAUUUUUGUUA